GAUAACGCGCAGUAGCGCCGCGUACGUGAACUUCACUGUUGUUUUCGAAGGUGACGUGUGUCCUAUUUGGUUUCACCUAGAAUUUCUUUCGUAAUUUAAGUUUUGUUGUGCUAUUAAAAACACUGCUCAUAAAAAAUCAUGUUAAAAUACGGUAUAUUUCUAGUAUUAUUGUGUAUUCUCGAAUAUGGUACAGGACUCUAUUUUCAUAUUGCUGAAACUGAACGAAAGUGUUUCAUGGAAGAUAUUCCAGAUGAAACGACUGUUUUAGUAAAUUACAAAGUUGAAUUAUAUGAUCCAAGAACCGGUGGAUUCGCCCCGAGCAGCCCGGGAAUGGGAAUGCACGUGCAAGUUCGCGAUCCAGAUGAUAAAACGAUUCUUUCCAGAGUGUAUAGUUCAGAAGGAAGAUUUUCUUUUACUUCUUUCAUGCCUGGAGAGCAUAUAAUUUGCUUAUAUUCUAACACUAGUUCCUGGUUCAGUGGUGCUCAAUUAAGAGUGCAUUUGGACAUUCAAGUUGGUGAACAUGCUAUUGAUUAUUCCAAUACAGCUCACAAAGAAAAAUUUACUGAGCUACAAUUGAGGAUACAUCAACUUCUUGAUCAAGUGGAACAAAUAACAAAGGAACAAAAUUAUCAGAGGUAUCGAGAAGAACGUUUCAGGCAAACAUCUGAAAGUACACAUCGCCGUGUAUUUUGGUGGUCUCUAAUACAAACUGUGAUUGUAUUGAUUAUGGGUACAUGGCAAAUGAGACAUUUGAAAAGUUUUUUUGAAGCUAAGAAACUAGUAUAAGAUCAAAACUAAUAAUUCCAAUAAUAUUAGUCAUUUAAAAAAUGAACUUUUCCUUGUUAUCCUCAAUAUAAGGAAUCCUCAAUAUAAUUUAUUUAAAAAAAAAAAAAAUAG